AUGAUCCCCCGCAACGACAAGUACGCUCUUCAGGGCUUCCCUGGUGCUGAGCGCGCUGUCUACGCCGCCCACGCCGUCCGCGCCGCCACCCCCGUCGCCACUCCUCCCACCACCCCGGCCGCCGGUGGCAGCAGCGGCAGCGCCGUGACCACCUUCCCCCAGUCCUCUGGCUCCAGCCAGCUUAGCGAGCCCAUGACCGUCACUGCCUUUGACGGUGGCAUGAAGGCCUUCGGCCGUGGCGUCGACUGCACUGGCCAGGACGAGGGUGGCGACUCCGACGCCGUCUUCGAGGUUGCCGACGGUGGCUCCCUCUCCAACGUCAUUAUCGCUGCCGACCAGACCGAGGGUGUUCACUGCGCUGGUGAAUGCACCAUCGAGAACGUCUGGUGGGUCGCCGUCUGCGAGGACGCGCUCUCCUUCAAGGGCAACGCGGGUAACUCGCAGGUCAAGGGCGGUGGUGCCAAGGGCGCCGAGGACAAGGUCAUCCAGCACAACGGCGGUGGCAGCGUCUCCAUCUCGAACUUCUACGUCGAGGACUUUGGCAAGCUCUACCGCUCUUGCGGCAACUGCGACGAGAUGUCCGAGCGCCACGUCACGAUGAGCGGCAUCGUCGCCAAGGGCGGCAAGGAGCUCGCCGGCAUCAACUCCAACUACGGCGACACUGCCACCAUCACCGACUCGUGCGCUACCGAUGUCGACGACAUCUGCGUCGAGUUCAACGGCACCGACAACAACGAUGAGGAGCCUACCGAGAAGGGCUCCGGCCCCAGCAGCGCCUGCAAGUACACGCAGGCUGAUGUCGGCAGCUGCUAA